CGACAGAAGAAAGGUCGCCCCUCGCCUCCGGGGCCGCGCGGGCUCCCGUUCAUAGGAAACACGCAUCAAAUUGACAGCUCAAAGCCUCAAAAGACUUUCACCAAGUGGAAAUAUCAAUAUGGUGAGUUCGCGCCCAUUCGACCAUAUCUGGCUGCAGGGGAUCUGGUGUAUUGCCGAGUCCUGGGUAUCGAUACAUUUGUGGUCAACUCGGAGAAGAUUGCCCGAGACCUUCUCGAGAAGCGUUCACACAACUACUCUGAUAAGACGAUGGCUCCCCAAAUUGAAAUGUUGAACCUUCACCAUAAUACAGCCUGGGCAUCCUAUUCUGAUACAUGGCGCAUGCACAGACGUAUUUAUCAUCAAGCGCUAAGAGCAGAUGUUGUGGUCAAGUAUAUCCCUACGCAGCUCCGCGCGGCGUAUAAACUCCUGGAGAACCUCUUG